AUGAAAGGUGGGGCCUCAUCUGCAGCUUUGGGUUACCCAGCCAAAAGACGGUGGCGAUGCCUGGCCGCCGCUGUGCUAUUUCUCGUCGUGCUUUCUAUGCUUGUUCCCCUCGUUUUCUUGCUUGGCCUUUACAACGGAUUUCACUCCGCUGGAUACACAUCUGAUCAACAGAGUUCCAGCUCUGCUUCUUCGGUCGACCUUGGAGGUGACCAAGGGCAUAGUGCCAUUAAAGUUUUGAAUCACUCUGAGAGGGAUACUUCCAACCACGUAUACAAGGUUAUCAGAAGGCUUGUACCAAUACCUCCCACGGAAGUUCUUCGGAACCACCCAAAUGAAGAAAACAAUGGAACUAUUCAGAUUGGCUCUUCUGGUCAUGGUCGACCGGUAAGCGGUCAACUGAAGCCACCAAUUAGUCAAAAACUACUUCCAAGCAAACCUAAUUCAAGUGGUGGUGGGGCUGUUGUGGUUCAUAAACACAGAAGUAGCGAUGUGGACAGUCUGAGGCUUUGUGAACUGAGUUUUGGGAGCUAUUGCCUCUGGCUUGAUGAACAUAGAGAAGAUAUGAAGGACUUUAUGGUGAAGAAACUGAAGGAUAAGCUGUUUGUUGCACGGGCUUAUUUUCCUACCAUCGCUAAACUUCCAGAACAGAGCGAAUUGUCUCGGGAGCUGAGACAAAAUAUUCAAGAAUUUGAACGGAUCCUUAGUGAGAGUUCAACAGACACCGAUCUUCCACCAUUUAUUGAGAAGAAACUUCAGAAGAUGGAAGCUUCAAUAGCCAAGGCCAAAACAUUUCCUGUGGAGUGUAGUAACGUUGAUAAAAAGUUGAGACAGAUAUUGGAUUUGACUGAGGAUGAGGCCAACUUUCACAUGAAGCAGAGUGCAUUCCUCUAUCAACUGGCAGUUCAGACCAUGCCAAAGAGUCUUCAUUGCCUGCUUAUGAGAUUGACGGUUGAAUAUUUUAAAACUUCUCCGCAUGCUGAGAUUACUCGGCCUGAGAAGUACUCAGAUCCAUCCCUGCAACAUUAUGUUAUAUUAUCCAAAAAUGUCCUUGCAUCAUCAGUUGUGAUAAACUCCACCGUUUUGCAUGCAAGGGAAAGUGGAAAUCUUGCUUUUCAUGUGCUGACCGAUGCUCAGAAUUAUUUUGCAAUGAAACUCUGGUUCCUUAGAAACACGUACAAGAAAGCAGUUGUGGAAGUGAUUAAUAUUGAAGAUGUGAAUCUGGACAAUGAAAAGACAGCUCUGUUAAGUUUUUCCUUGCCCGUGGAGUUUCGUGUUACAUUCCAUCAGAGUGUUGAAAGUCCAUCUGAAACCCAUUUGAGGACUGACUACCUAUCAACUUUUUCUCAUUCUCACUAUCUUCUUCCGUACAUAUUUCCAAAACUUAAGAGGAUUGUGGUUUUGGAUGAUGAUGUUGUCGUCCAGAGGGACUUGACAGAGUUAUGGAGUCUGAAGAUGGGAGGAAAAGUAGUUGGUGCUGCACAAUUAUGCUCGGUGCGGUUUGCUCAGCUUAGCAAUUUGUUUGGUGAUGACAGCUUUGACAGAAAAUCUUGCCCUUGGAUGUCUGGUUUAAAUGUCAUUGAUUUAGUCAAAUGGAGGGAGCUGGAGCUUACUAAGACAUACCAAGACUUUGUCCGAGAGGUUAGCCGAAGAUGGUCAAGUGAAGCUAUAGCAUUGCGUGCUAACCUGCUCACGUUCCGAGACCUAAUACAUCCCCUCGACGAUUCGUGGGUUUUGUCUGGAUUGGGUCAUGAUUAUGCACUCGACCCCCAAGUAAUUAAGCAUGUUGCAGUACUACACUAUAAUGGAAACUUGAAACCUUGGCUUGAAUUGGGCAUCCCAAGGUAUAAGCCUUAUUGGCGGCGGUUCUUCAACCGAGAGGAUUCUUUCUUAGCCGAUUGCAAUGUCAAUUCAUGA